AUAUCUAACCUGGUUUCCUCCGGUAACUGAUAAGGCAGCCUGGAUAACAUAGCGCGUAUCUUUACGAUAAAACUGUCUGCGAGUUCAUCACCUUGCUCGGCAGAAAACACAUCUCGUAACACUUUAUACGCAGGGCGCGGCACACCAUACAUCGAGCGUAAUCGCUUGAGAGCGUCAGGCCACGAGGAAACUUCUUUCCGGACCCCUCUCCACCAUACAGCAGCUUCUCCUUGCAUGAGCAUCGGUAAGCCCCGCAGUGCAAUAUCAUCGGGAACUGAUGCACAUUCUUUAAAUAUUUCUACUGAGUCGAUGAAAGCCUCCACGGCCUCAGGAUCACGUGAAGUACCGUCGAAGCGCGCCAUGCACUUCGAGAGGUUACCAGUUGACGUAGACGUUGAAACCGACGGGGGUGGUGAUGCGGUGGCAGUGGCAGACGUCGAUCCACUCCCCAAACCAUGCGAUGUCAAAAGGGACUCGACGAGUUGUCGGUUCGCCUCGGCCUGCGAUUUCGAUAAAGCGGCCAGAAGCGUCGACAGCUGGUCCUCGGACAUGAGCACUGGUGACGGUGAGGGCAUUGAGUCUUGA